AUGAAAGAGAACGUGAUCUCGGGCAAGUGCAUCAAUCAAUUUACACUGCCUCUCGUGGAGACCAGCUCAAGAACUAUUGUGGGGUACGUACACGCGCGCCGUGGAGGUGCAAAAACACGCAUGACUAUAGCGCAAUUGAAGGUUGAGGAAACCCACACAAGACAAGGCCUGGGAGGUCUUCUGAUUCGUGCUGCCGAAGACCACUCCAAAGGAAUGGGGUGGGAAUGCCGGACCACUUCCAUCACAGUAUUGAAAGAGAACGACUUUGGUCUCGUUUCCGAGAUCGUGGCGAACGACUUGCAGCUAGAGAGGGCCAUCGAGCGGAUUUGUGACAAGCUCUCUCAGUGCGCUCCCACCGCCGUUGCGAAAUCCAAAAUCUUCAUUCAGAAGAUUGGAAGUGUGCCGAUGAGCUUACAAGUCCAUGAAGAACUUGCUGGUCACAUAGCUGAGCGUAUGGAAGACCCUGAGUUCGAGGAUUCCAUCCGAGCACUUCUAGACAAGGCGGUUAAAAGCUGGCGAAUGUUUGCGGCAGGCUACCUGCGAGGGCAAAAACCUGGAACCAUGAUGUGUGCAGUGUGCCAAAGUGCCAUUGUCCUGCAGGCUCAUGCGCCACUGAAAAAGGGCACACGUCUGAAGCUAGCUCUGCACAGUGUCCUUGAUCUUGCUUCGCAAUGCCGCCAGCACAUGCCUCAGCAGUUGCGCGAAAUUUUUCACAGAUGUGGCACGCGGCAGUGUGAAGGGAAGGCGGGAACACUGGUAGUGUCUGGUGGCAGCCACGUUGUUGGUGGUCCUGGUGGUGUUAUUGUCACCGGUGGUGGCACUGCCGCGGCUGCUGGUGGUGCUGCGGCUGAUGGCGGAGGAUGUUUCUACGAGAGGUAUCAGGAGUCCAGCAGUGAGGCGAUCACCUAUACUGGUCCUGGUGCAGAGCUCAGCGAUGGAAGCCAGGGAAACCUCGAAAGCCGCCUGGUCGACGUUGGUGCAGGGCAGGGAAGCUACACCAAGAUGAAGACACCGACAUAUGCCUGGAGGCCGACAGAGCCGAAGUACCACGAUGUGGUUCGCCGCCACUACAACACAGUCUACAGGAAGGUCCCUGUGAACCACUACGUGAAAGUGCAGAUGCCACAACAACCUCCUCUAGUCCACACCGUGAAAGUUGUGGCUCCACCGACGCAGUUUGAAUGUGAUUCCUACACCAUGCAUGCAGAUCCAACUUGGUCAAGCCGCCACAAGAGUUGGUGCUGCUACAAGUAUGGAGGGGAGUACUGUCCUGAGAGAGUCGUGGACAAGAAUAUUUAUCACUCAGUGACGAAGGUUCAGAAGAUUAGGGUGCCAGUUCCAGAGCCAAUGCCGACCCACCCUCCUAUUGUCCACACCAUCCACCACAGCUACCACGUGCCCAGCCGACCACAGUAUGUGCGUGUGCACGUUCCUGGGCCUACAGUGCUGAAGCCAGUUGUGGUAAAUGAAAAGGUGCCAGUCCCAGUGAAGGAGCCGCCAAAGAUCAUUGAUGUGAAGAAGCCCUACCCAGUCCAUGUGAAGGGCCCCGAUCACUACGUCAAAGUGCCAGUGCCUUCACCUCCGCACUACGUGACGCAUUUUCACACCAAAUGGAACACCGUCGUGGAUCCGACUUACGACUGCAAGAAUGGGCUCGACCAUUGGCAUACAACGUGGUCUCACUCCAAGAAGACAUGGUGCUGUUCUCACUACAACUCUGGCUGCCCUGGACAUUGGGAAAAGCACAUCAAGGUCAUCCAAACUUAUGACUGCGGUGCAGGCUGGAAGAGUUGGUACCAUGGCUGGUCAGAUGGCAAGAAGUCUUGGUGCUGUGACCACGAGAACAGGGGCUGCCCCGGCACCUGGCAUCAUGGCCACUGGCACCACACCGUUGUGAUCCACAAAGAGAUCCAUGGAGUUGGUCAUGGUGGCUAUGACUGCGAUGCGGGCGCUUCAAACUGGAUGCAGGGCUGGUCAACGAAGAAAAAGGACUGGUGCUGCAAGCGAGGCGACAACCAGUAUUGCGUGAAGUUCCACUGCCAUGGGAAGGACGUCAACAUGGACACCUGGUCCACAGAUCAUCGUGACUUCUGCUGCCAGAACUUUCAAUUGGCCUGCCCUCACACCACCUUGUCCCCACUUGGUUGUGAUGCCCAGUGUGUUCUCAAAGGGGAGAGCAACACUUGCAAAGAGCGGAUGGAUUGGACGCAGGAACAUGUCUUUGGCUCCCACAGCAAUGGGUGCAAUCUGGCGUACAGCAAAGUGCAGGUGGAAUGCGAUGUUUGCCGCGCCUGCUCUAUCGAGGCAGCUGGCUGUGGAGAGCAGGGACCUGGAAAGGCUGCCUUCGACUGCCACGCUGCCCUGGGCAACUGGUGCCGCGCCUGGUCUCCUGCGAAGAAGGUCUGGUGCUGCAACGAGAAGCAGAAAGGCUGCCAGUCCCCUGACACCCCACCCAACUGUGAUGCUGGCGCUGGCAAAAUUUGGAAGAAAGUGUUCAUCAGUGGCCACUGGACUUGGGAGGCGCAAAUGGCCGGUGGCGCGGUUUCCGUGCAUCAGGGGUUUUCUUGCCAUGCAGGCCUGCCGAAUUGGAGCGCUGACUGGUCACCUGCCAAGAAGACUUGGUGCUGUUCCCAUGAGAAGCUUGGCUGCCCCGGCUACGUCUACCAUGGUGCUGAUGCCGGAGCAUUCAAGAAAGUUGUCGUCACUCACCACUACGUCUCUGGUGGCGGUGCAGCUGGCGGCGCAAGUGGCGGUGCCAGCUGGUCGUCAUCGUCCAGUGGCAGCUGGCACUCUGGUGGACACGUGGUGGUUCAUCACCAUCAUCACCAUCAUCACGUGGUUCACUAG